AUGGGAAACAAUUCUUCAAAAUCAUCAAAAAAGCCAACAAAAAAACAACAUUGUUUUUUUUGUCCGUGUAUAAUAUCAAAAUCUUCAUCAUUAUCAUCACUUUCAAUUGAUGAAAAAUGUCUACCAACAUUUGAUCGUAUAACAUCAAAUGAUAAAUCUUCAAAUACUGCUCCUCUUAUUGAACCAAUUCCAUCAAAUUCAAUUCUUAUUCAUGAUGAAGUUGAUAAAAAUCUUUUAACAUCAAAUAAUCGUCGUUCAUUAUCCUUAAAUAAUGUUAUUUUAACAUUACCUGAUACUGCAAAUGAAAAUGAAGAAAAAAAUUCUAUUCAUUCAAAACCACCUUUACCACCAGGAAAAUCCAAAACUGUUUCAAAAUUACCACCAACAGGUCGAUCAUUUCGUGGUGCAUUAGUUAAUACAAAACGAACAUAUUAUUCUCAAUCAAUUGAACAUGCUCGAUUAUCAAUUGAAGAUUUAGAAAAAUCUCUUCAUGGUGCCUCUAGUAUUGAUCAAUGGAUUGAUUCAUUACCUAUACUUGGUACACCAUCAUUAAAUCGUAAUAAACCAAUUCGAACAGUAGUAUCAACAAAUAAUAAAAAAAUUAAACGUAGUUUAACCAUAGGUGAUCAGUAUAAUGAAAAUAUUCUUAAUGGCUCAUAUAGACAAGAAGAUGAAACAUCACCAGUAGCAAUAGAAAGAAAUUUAUCAAAAGAUAAUUUUCCAGAUAUUUUAACAUUAAAAUAUAAUCGUGAAUAUUUAAAUUUAGCUAAAAAAAUUCAAUUAAAUAUUUAUUUAAAAGAUUUUCUUUCACGAUUAAAUAAUACAAAAUUAAAACAAACAUUUAAAAAUCAUUUUUCAUUAUCAACAAUUAUUUAUCCAUUAGCUGGUAUUGAUCAAAUCUUAGCUGAUGAUUUAAAUCUUGUUCUUAUUACACCAUUAGAAUCUAUAUUACCAAAUUUAUCAUCAAAUACACAUAGUACAUAUAAAAUUCAUGAACAAAUACGUUCAAAAUCUUAUUUUAUACCAAUAACAGAUUAUAAAAUUGAAAUUGAUGAUGAUGAAUAUCAAAAGAAAUCUAUUGAACUUGAUCGUACACAUGUUGUUAUAACACUUGAAAAUAAAAAAAAAGAACAAGAUGAUAUAACCAUAAAUACAAAAGUAUCUAUUGAACAAGAACCAUCAUGUAUAUUUAUAUCCAAUGAUUCAUUUCAUACAGGAUAUUUACGUAUUGAUCAAGAAAAACUUGCUAAACAUUUUGUACCAUUUGUUUAUCAUUCAUCCGACGAUAAUAUGCACUAUUUAUCAUCAAAUUUAAUUCAACAUUGGUUUAAUACAUUAAUACUUGUUAAUCAAACAUGUGCUAUUGCUAAACGAUUCUUAACAGGUGAUGGAAGUCAUAUUACUUGUUUGAUUAAACAGCAAACAAAUUAUACAAAUUCAUCCUCUUUUGAGAAUAAUUUAACUUUCGCUGCAUUACGUUUGCCUCCAUUUAUGUAUUUAAAUGAUUCAUCACAAACACAUCUUGAAGAAGAAACAUCCAAUAUAAUUGAUGCAUUUUCUUCGACAUUUUUAUCUGAUAAUAAAAAAACUUCUAAUGAUGCAAUUCAUAUUGAUUAUGAACAAUAUUCAUUUGCUUUUUUACUUCAUCGUUGGCCAAAAUCUUUACUUGAUAAUUAUUAUACACAAUCAAUACGUAAUUCCAAACGUAAAUGGCCAUCAAAAUAUCAUUUAAAUAUCAUAAUAAAAAAACCACUUUUAUUAAUACCAAUACCAAAUAAUCAUAAAUGGGAAAUAAAUUUUGAUAUAAUUGAACAAAGUUUAUUUGAAUUAAUGAAUGAAUCAACAUUAUGUUUUUAUGCCUUAUGUCAACAAUUAUUUUCUCAAACAUUAACAAUACGUACAUGUAUAAAACAUUGUUUUCUAAAUUAUUGUGAAAAAUAUGGUUUACCUUUUUCAAAUAAUCAUGAGCAUACAACUAAUAACAUUUUUGAAUUAAUGUCACAUUUUUUAAAAGAAAUUCAUUUACAAAUCAAUGAAAAAUUUUUUCCCAAUUAUUUUAAUCAUGAAAUAAAUCUCUAUGAAACAAAUGAAACUUAUAAUCAAUGGUUUGAUUAUAUAAAUAAAUGUUUAAAUGAUCGUACUUAUAUACCAACAUCAUUAUUAACAAUAUCAAAUCGUCCAAUAAUUGUUGAAUUUUUAUUUCAUUUUAUUGAUCAAUUAUAUCAAACAUUUCAUAUAAAACGUUCACAAUUUCAUUUAAAUGAAAAUGUUCUUAUUGAUUUACAUAAACAAUUAUGUGAAAAAUUAUCAAAUGAUACAAAUAAUAAUAGUACAUCAUUACAAAAAUUUAUUAAUCAUUUAUUAAAUAAUCAACAAAUUCUUGAACAUAUACAAAUGAAUUUAACAUAUGAUUUUGAAACAAAUGCUGAAUUAGUGCAUACAUGUUUAAAUCAAGUUCGAAAAGCAGAUUCAUCAUUAAUAUUUCAUUAUACAUGGACUAUAUAUAUCCAAUAUUUACAUACAUAUUACAAUGUAUUAUGGAAUAUUUAA